AUGAAUGGUUACACCCCUUCCGUCAUUGCUUCAACCGCCAACAACGAGAGCUUUUAUCAACAACGUGCCAACACCAUUCACUCUACUAACGGCGCUAAAUCUGCACAGCAAAACUUCCGCUGGAUUGAUGGAAGGCGCCAUCACAACAACGAGGAUGCCGUCUAUGUACUUCCAAAUGAUAUUGAUGAAAUGGAUAGACUUCACCUUCAGCAUUAUGUUAUUCGACACGCGUUUAAUGGAAACACGCGCGCCAAGUUUGAUGGCAAGAUUCACAAAGAUGUUCUCGAUGUUGGUUGUGGUCCAGGAACAUGGAUUUUAGAAAUGUCAACGGAACAUACCGAAACCAAUUUCACAGGUAUCGACAUAUCCGCUGUUUGGCCAACAGAAAUCAGACCUCGCAAUUGUCGCUUCCAGGUUGUUAAUGCUAUUCAAGGCCUGCCAUUCGAGGAUAAUACCUUUGAUUUUGUUUAUCAGAGAUUUAUGAUCUUGGCCUAUCCUGCCAAAGAUUGGCCAUUCAUUGUUCAGGAAUUGGUGCGCGUCACCAAACCAGGUGGCAUUAUUGAGCUGACAGAGAUGCCAGUUGCAACAAGCUCCAACGGUCCAGAGCUUACUAAAAUACUGGAUGUCCUUGAAAGAGGGUGCAUUUCCAAAGGGCUAGAUCCCAAAGUGGCAAGGAAGCUUGAUAUUUUGCUACAGGAGGCAGGCAUCAAAGACGUCAAAACUAGCCAUACCUCUAUCGAAAUUGGUGCCUGGGGUAAAAAAGUUGGCCAACUAAUGCGUGAAAACAUGGCUGGACUUUGGUCAAGCCUGAAGGGCUGGCUCAAGGAGCUGACAGGAAUGACAGAUGCCCAGUAUGACAGCAUGAUCAAAAGAAUUUUUGUAGAGUAUGAGGACUACCAAUGUUAUGUCAAUUGCUAUUGCGCAUGGGGUGUAAAACCUCACCCAACGGAACAUCUCUCUACGUCACCAGUAGCAUCAACGACUCUAUCGUCUCAAACAGAUCCAUCCAUCAUUGGUGGAAUACAAGGCAUUUCAGCACGACAACCAGUAGUAAUGUAA